GCGGUAGCCCACGACAAGAUGCGGUGGUACACCAUGGUGCACAACGUCUUGUCUUCACGGGGAUAUGGUGACCGUGCUUAAGUGGAGGAGAUUAUGGCGCGGUCAAGCCGGGCCAACGCGAGAGGACAGACGUAGGCACGGAUGAAGCGCAAGAAGGGUAUCGAGGACGAGGAGGAGGAGGAAGACGAAGCAGAAGAAGACGAAGACGAGGGCGACGAAAAGGAAGAAGAAACUGACGAAGAAUCCCGAACGAAUACACCAACCACCGUCGUACGCGUACACGUGACACGCGAGCACAGUAGAACACGCCCCACUCCUCUGUUAUCAUCUCGGCCCGUGGGGGCCGUUUGAUGCUGACCAAAAAGAGAUUCGAGGACGAUCCAACGCUGGCGGACGGGGAACGUAAUGGGGGCACCGUGGUCACGGGCCCGGUCCUCACCUCGUCGUCCACGUGCACGGUGCCUUAUAUUGGCACAGAUCAUCAUUAUCAUCAUCAUCAGCAGCAGGGCUUUCUGUUCGAGGGUGGCGGCACGACGACGUUGCAGUGGGCCGGUGCAACUGUCCCGAGCUGCACCGGUAUCGGCGGAGGCGGCAACUUCGGUGUUGUCGGCACGGGGGGGAACGGCGGUGGAGGAGGGGUUCUUGCGUUAGGAGUGGUGAACAUGGGCGGCGGAGGCGGAGGAGGCGUGGUCGUCAGCGGUAAACAGACCGUUGGCGGCGCGGGGGGAGGAGUCGUCGGCGUGACGGGGGGUGGUGGGCCGGCGAUCGGUGGUACGGGUGGGACGAACAAGGAGGUCCGUUACGCUCCGUUCCCCUCCUCUGUGGGCCAAGUCGGUGGUAACGCGGUCGGAUCGGUUGUGACGUUGCCGCCUCUGCCGCCGCCUCUGCCACCGCCCCCUCCGCCCCCGCCGCCUUUGCCACCGCCGCCGCCUCUGCCGUUGCAGAUGCAACAGCAACGGGCAUUUUCGCGAUCGAUGACAUCGCUACCACCCGAGCCGUUCAUGAUCAUGCGAUCGAAAGCCCUGAAUCGUCGCGUCUCGAUCAACGUGGGCGGGGUGAAACAUGAGGUCCUCUGGCGUACCCUGGAACGGUUGCCGCACACGCGUCUCGGCCGUUUGAAGGACUGCAACACCCACGAGGCGAUCACCGAGCUGUGCGACGAUUACUCGUUGAUCGACAACGAAUACUUCUUCGAUCGUCAUCCGAAAUCGUUCAGCUCGAUACUGAACUUCUAUCGGACCGGGAAGCUGCAUCUGGUCGACGAGAUGUGCGUAUUGGCGUUCAGCGACGAUCUCGAGUACUGGGGCGUCGACGAGCUCUAUCUGGAGAGCUGUUGCCAGCACAAGUACCAUCAACGUAAGGAGCACGUGCACGAAGAGAUGCGAAAGGAGGCGGAGUCCCUCAGGCAACGGGAGGAGGAGGAGUUCGGGGAGGGCAAGUGCGCGCAGUACCAGAAAUGGCUGUGGGAUCUGCUCGAGAAACCGACCACCUCGAUCGCCGCAAGGGUGAUAGCUGUGAUAUCAAUACUCUUUAUUGUGCUUUCGACGAUCGCACUAACUCUCAACACCAUUCCUAGUAUGCAAGUGAAUGAUGAGAAGGGGAACUUUCAAGACAAUCCGCAUUUCGCCAUCGUGGAGGCGGUCUGUAUCACUUGGUUCACGCUCGAGUACGUACUCCGGUUUAGCGCGUCCCCGGACAAAUGGAAGUUCUUCAAGGGCGGUCUGAACGUGAUCGAUCUACUGGCGAUACUGCCGUACUACGUAUCUCUGUUCCUGGUCGAGACGAACAAGAACGCGACCGACCAGUUCCAGGACGUGCGCAGGGUAGUGCAAAUCUUUCGUAUAAUGCGGAUCCUGAGGAUUCUGAAACUGGCCCGCCACUCGACCGGGCUCCAGAGCCUCGGCUUCACGCUACGUAACUCGUACAAGGAGCUGGGCCUGCUGAUGCUAUUCCUGGCGAUGGGCGUCCUCAUAUUCUCGAGCCUCGCCUAUUUCGCCGAGAAGGAGGAGCCCGGGACCAAAUUCGUAAGCAUUCCAGAAACGUUCUGGUGGGCGGGCAUCACGAUGACUACCGUCGGAUACGGCGACAUCUACCCCACGACCCCGCUCGGCAAGGUGAUCGGCAGUGUGUGUUGUAUAUGUGGUGUCCUGGUAAUCGCGUUGCCCAUUCCCAUUAUCGUGAACAACUUCGCCGAGUUCUACAAGAAUCAGAUGAGACGCGAGAAGGCGCUGAAACGACGGGAGGCCCUUGAACGGGCGAAACGCGAGGGCAGCAUCGUCUCAUUCCAUCACGUCAAUCUGAGGGACGCGUUCGCGAAGAGCAUGGACCUGAUCGACGUCAUCGUCGACACCGGUCACAAUAUGUCAGGCGUGGAUGGUAAUAGCACCGAGGGGGAGUCCGUGUGCGGCCGCGGCCCAGCCCAGACCGGGCCCGGCUGUUAUCGUAACUAUGAGCAUUACAGUGUCUCGCGGCACCGUCGCAGCGCCUCGUCCUGUUUCCCGAAUAUGCCGAACGAUCUACCGCCGAACACACCGGACAGCCCGAAUCGACGUCUGUUGGACUUCGCGCAGAGUGUUCCCGGCACGCAGAACGACGACUACUUCCAGGACGACGUGCCCGCCCAACACGUGACCAACCAGGGCAAUACCACGCCUAGCGAUGAAGAGAAAAAAGACAGCCGAAAAUUCGAGAAAAACGAUGAAAUACCUAGCGAAUUCGAGUGUUGCUUUUGUACUACGAAGGAGUACAAAGACUUCAGGGACGCGGAAAAUAUAAUGCCGUUGGCGACCAGCGACUUUCGUACUCCGAUCUGCCAGGAGAUGAGAUCGAUACGGUCCGGUAUGUCCGUGGAGCCGCCACCGUCUUUGUUCUUCGCCGAGGCGAAGACCUCGCCGAUCGUCCAGCCGAUGGAGAUCCAGCACGGCGUUUACGGGAAACCGUACAACGAACAAGGGAGCGUGGAUAGCUCCGAUACGUACGCCAGCUGUCAGACGCAUCCGUCUCAGUCGCAGGGUGAUCUCACCGAGGAGACGGACACCAAUAAUCUCUACGUGAACCCGUUGGAGGCCGCUGAGAAGUGUGGUAACCGUGUAAAGAAGUCCGUUUCCGGUGAAGUGGCCCGUAACGGGGCCAACGACGCGUCGCCCAGCGUCGAGUCGUUAAAAGACAUCCGCCCGAUGACAGACGGUGGCAAAGUGACCCUAAACGAUACGGUGCCCAAACACAGGAAAAUUCGUAUCCAACAGAGUGUAAGACUUCGCGCACAAUUUGUCAGCGACUUGGAAACCGUGGCUGCAGCUCGUAGCGUCCUUGCGAAAGAUGACACUCCGGAGAACAACAAUUAUUACGGUGGACUCCGCGGUGGUAGACCGUUCGCGACCGCCAAUAGCGGCCUGGUCUCCGCCACGAGGAUCCUGAACCAUCAUCUUUUCGGGACUGGGAGCGGUGGCGGUGGCGGGCCCAGACAUUACACAGGGACGAACGCCGAGAGCAAGCUCUCACUAUCCGCGGACUCGAUAGACGGCGAGGGUGUGCCGUUCAUAGAUAGGCACCGUGUCUCGAAGUCGAUUCUGAAGAAGUCCGAGAGCAGCAGCAACUACUACAGCAACCAGGGGGACUCGGACACCGAGAAGCUGAUCACGGACAACGCGUCCACGGUGAGCGUGUGCGACAACGAGACCGGGACCGGCGGUGUGUUCCCUGGUAGCGAUGGGACCAGAACCAGGCCACCUGUCUCGCCGUUGCUCUCCAGGCAGGUAUUGGAGUCGAUAUUCCGUACGAACAACAACAUCGAGAGGGAGGACGAAGUGGAGCCGGGCGACGAGAAGAACUGCGUCGCGAAGAUCGCCAGGUCGAUAUUCGACGAGGUUCUCGAAGAGGAAAAGCACACGCAGGACGAGGCGCUCACGGAGAACAAGAACAAAGACGAACGUAGGCGCCAGAGGGCGCGGUUAGAGGACUCCCCGAGGGACAGCCAGAUGAUGCUGAUAUGCUCGACGCGGCCGUACAAGGUAAAGAAGCAGCCGAGCAGCGACGAGAAACGCAAAGCGAAGACGAACAAUCACAAGGCCGCGGACACGAACUGUCUUCCCCAGGACCACCGUUUCUCGUCGUAGCGUAACACUACUCGCGGAGCAUCGUCCAUCGUCCGUUUUCGAAAAGCACUGACGAUCGAAAGUCGCUACGCGAUCACUGCGAGUCGAUAUAUCGAGACAGGCCGAUAAUCGAAAUCGCGCUGCGACGAUUG